AUGGAGUCACAGCCCGUACCAUCAACUGAAGAUGGCUCACAAGCCGCUAGCCAAAUGCGGCAGCCAAAGAAGAGAUUCGUUGGACGACGAACAGCAGAAGCCCAAGCCCAGAAGGAAUCGACUGGACAGAAAGAUGUUGAGUCUACAGCGGUCCAAACAGCCGCACCCCGACGCACCCCUCGUACUCUCAACCAAGUGCCACCAGAGAUUCUGAACGACCCCGAGAUCAAAGAAGCAAUCGAACUCCUCCCCAGCAACUACUCUUUCGAGAUCCCCAAGACAAUCCACCGAAUCCGCACGUCAGGCGCUAAGCGUGUAGCCCUCCAAUUCCCCGAAGGCCUCCUGAUCUUCGCGACCACCAUCUCCGACAUCCUCACGCAAUUCUGCACAGGCAUCGAAACCCUAAUCAUGGGCGACGUCACCUACGGCGCCUGCUGCAUCGACGACUACACAGCACGAGCCCUAGGCUGCGACCUUCUCGUACACUACGCACACAGCUGCUUAAUCCCAGUCGACGUAACGAAGAUCAAAACGCUCUACAUCUUCGUCGACAUCAGCAUCGACACAACCCACCUAUUAGCAACCCUAGAGCGCAACUUCAAAGCAGGCCAAUCGAUCGCAACAGUCGGCACGAUCCAAUUCAACGCCACCCUGCAUGGCCUCAAGCCGGUGCUCGAACGCGCCGGCUUCAAAGUCAUAAUCCCGCAAAUAACCCCGCUCUCCAAAGGCGAGAUCCUAGGCUGCACGUCGCCGCAGCUCUCGGACACGGAGAUCGACGCCAUCCUCUACCUCGGCGACGGCCGCUUCCACCUUGAAUCAGCCAUGAUCCACAACCCCUCCAUCCCAGCCUACCGCUACGAUCCGUACUCGCGGACUCUGACGCGCGAAAGCUACGAGCACGAGGAAAUGCACACCAUCCGGCGAGACGCAAUCGCCACCGCCAAAUCAGCCCGCAAGUGGGGUAUCAUCCUCGGAUCGUUGGGUCGACAGGGUAAUCCGCACACGAUGGCGAUGAUCGACAAGCAUCUCCGCGAGCGCGGCAUCCCCGUCGUUAAUCUCCUCCUGAGCGAGAUUUUCCCGGGCAAGCUUGCGUCGAUGGCGGAUGUCGAGUGCUGGGUGCAGAUUGCGUGUCCGCGACUGAGUAUUGAUUGGGGGUAUGCGUUCCCGCGGCCUUUGCUGACGCCGUACGAGGCGCUUGUUGCGCUGGGCGUGAAGGAGAAUUGGGAUACGGCGAAUAAUGGUGUUUAUCCGAUGGAUUUCUAUGCGAAGGACGGGCUUGGUCGGACGAGGCCGCAGAUUGCGUAG